CCGAUCGCGAAUAUUCCUCGAGCCCUUGCUACACGUUUCCUUUUAUUCCGAUGAUGCGCCACUGACAAGCGUUAUGACUCCGUCCAAGCGACCAGCAGCAUGCAUGGCGUACCUGGAGGAAUCCUUCGGUGAUUUAUUCUCUUUUGGGUUACAAUGUCAUCAGGACUUGAAGAGCGACAUAGCAUGGUGGUCUAGGUAACAGUUUUUGGGCUGCAUCCUGAGCUGCGAUAAAUCUACUAUAAAUUCAGGAGAAGCUGCAAUAUUAUACCAAAAUCUCUUCAGUUCAAUCCAACAUUUAAUUUCACUCCAAUAACCCUGCUUCUCAAAUUCAGUUUACACAACUUUAACAUGUCUCGUUACGCCUCUCUCUACACCAGCCCCCAAGGUCCAGGUGACAGCCGACCAACUGCUCUACAGGUAGUGCAGGAUGAGCAGAUGCAGAACGAACUCAUUGGAAAGACAGCAGUCAUCACUGGCGUGUCAUCCGGUAUCGGCAUAGAAACCGCACGGGCGCUUGCUGCUACAGGCAUUAAGCUCUUCCUUACUGCCCGAAACCUUGAUAAAGCCAAGGAAGCUCUCGCUGAUUUCUGGAACCCGGAUCAGAUGGAGCUUGUACAACUUGAGCUGAGCUCUAUGGAUAGUGUUCGAGCUGCCGCAAAGACAAUCCUUUCUAAGACCGACGAGCUCAGUAUCUUCAUCGCCAACGCUGGUGUCAUGGCCGUCCCAGAGCUCACGACGACUGCCGAUGGCUUUGAAGAGCAGUUUGCUACGAACCACUUAUCUCACUUCCUCUUAUUUGAGCUCCUCAAACCUAGUCUUCUCAAAGCGUCAACUGAGAAAUUCCAGUCUCGGGUCGUUGUCGUCUCAGCUACUGCUCAUCGCAUGCAAGGCAUACCCGCUUCGAACGACUACAAUUAUGAGACCAGUGGUGCCUCAGCUUAUACACCCUGGGAAGCAUACGCCCGAUCCAAGACCGCCAAUACCUACAUGGCCAAUGAGAUUGAACGUCGAUAUGGCUACAGGGGCAUCCAUGCGACUAGUGUUGCCCCAGGACUGGUUGCCUCCAAUAUUGGUCGUCAUAUUCCCCAGGAAGUGAUGGCAGGGGUUAUUGGUGACAAAAUGCAUGAGGUUCAGAGCCUCGAGCAAGCGGCUGCAAGUACUCUGGUCGCUGCCGUGGGCAGAGAAUGGGAAGGAAGAGGAGGUGUUUACAUCACCAACUGUAGUGCUGCCGAACGGGGCGAAGAUGACGGUGUUUCGACUUCGUACACGUAUGUUUCUCACACUUACAACCCCAAGGAUGAGCAGAGACUGUGGAAUGACUCUCUAAAGAUGGUGGAGAAGUGGAACAACUAUAGCACAGAAGACAUUUGACGAUGAAAAGGUCGGAUGGGUUUGCGGAUCAGCUGUAUACAGAUCACCAACCAGCUCUACAAUUUUCUUGGCUUCAAUUUAUAUUUGGUUCGCAACUUCACAUCAUAUCAUACGGACACGGAUACAGGAGAGAUCAUCACAUCCAGGAAUUCUUACGAUUCGUCAGGUGUUCUUAGCUCCAAGUCAGUCCCGUUAUGUUCCAGCAUUGCAAUUGCUGUAUCAUGCAAUAGGUUUCAUAAAUGUGAUGUUGAAAAUUGGAAAAGAAUUUUCAUGGGAUAGCCUCAUAUCCAGCGCUUUUGGGCAAAAACAAAGGAAACAUCAUCGGCCUCCAUAUUCCUCUCUGUCAUGUGAAGACCCAAUGCAUCAAACAUCGGUCAAAGAUAUGAAGGGAGUCAGUCAGUAAAAGGGUUCCAAAAAUUCCCAUACCAGGCGCACCCAGUAUGGAGUUGGUCGCUUUAAUGAAAGAAUAAGAAAUUUUCAAUAAGCAUAAUUCCUCUCUCAGCUUAUUGCUUCACAGAGCAG